UAUAAACUACCUUGCUUCUUGUUUUGUCCGCUCAUCUCCUUGCCAUUAGUAAAUACACUUGUUUUCCCUUAUCCCAUUUGGUAUUUGGGUUCUCUUCUUUUUCUUUUCUCUUUUCUUUUCAAAGGCUGGAGAGGGAUUCAAAGAUAUAAUAAUGAAUGUUGUGCAUUUCAUCUUUGGUGUUUUUGGAAAUGCCACUGCUUUGUUCCUAUUCUUGUCUCCAACGAUUACAUUUAAGAGGAUCGUUACAAGUAAGUCCACAAUGCAGUUCUCUGGAAUACCCUAUGUGAUGACCUUGCUUAACUGUCUCCUCUCUGCUUGGUAUGGCCUUCCCUUUGUAUCCGAAAACAACAUGCUGAUUUCAACAGUCAAUGGAACAGGUGCAGCAAUUGAGUCCAUUUAUGUGUUGAUCUUCAUCAUCUAUGCACCAAAGAAGGAGAAGGCUAAAAUAAUUGGGCUCUUCACUCUUGUACUCACUGUUUUCUCUGCUGUGGCCCUCAUCUCCCUCUUUGCCCUUCAUGGUAAUGGCAGAAAGCUCUUUUGCGGCCUUGCUACUACCAUUUUCUCUAUUAUCAUGUAUGCCUCACCUCUUUCAAUCAUGAGGCUGGUGAUCAAGACAAAGAGUGUGGAGUUCAUGCCAUUUUUCUUGUCAUUAUUUGUAUUCCUCUGUGGUUAUUCAUGGUUUGUCUAUGGCCUUCUUGGUCAUGAUGCUUUUGUUGCUAUCCCCAAUGGUUUUGGGUGUGGCCUAGGGGCCAUGCAGCUCGUCCUUUACUUCAUCUACCGCAACAACAAGGGCUCUGAAGAAGCAAAGAAGCCAACUGCUAAUGGAACCGUUGAGAUUGGAAUUGAGAAACCCCACCAAGAGAAGCAAGCAAUUGGCAAAUUUCUUCAAGAUGAACAAGUUUAAUUGGUCACUUUCUGGGGAUUUGGGCAAGCCCUGGACUGCUGCCUUCACAUUGUUAAAAGUCUUUGUUUCGA